AUGUUAAGUGACAUCUCAUUUGCGUGGAGGAAACAAGGCACACGCUUUGAUCCAAUCGCCAUUAUUCAAAGUAUUUCUGACCUACUGAAGAAGGAAAGCGAGGCACAAGGAAAGCCGUUGAACGACUGUUUCUAUGAAAGCUUGACCGAUUUGGAACGAGAUCCUGACUUCAUCCAACUGCUCAAUGAGUUUAAUGAAGGAAUAAACAAUGAAAGAAACAUCAUGACAAUAGGUAUGUUUCAAAUAUUGUUAUUAAUGGCAUUAUAAAUUGGAAAAACAUUUACUAUACCAUAUGUAAUAUGACCAUUUCAAAUAAAGUAGAUACUGCAUCAUACCGCACAAUGCUAUACCAUACUGUACUGUAUGGUAACAUACCAUAUCACACCCGGCACACCAUACCAUACCAUACCAUAUCAUACCAAACCACACCAAAACACCACACAACACGACAUGUCUGACACCACACGCCACGCCCGACUACAUUACAUGCCAUGCCACGGCACGACACGCAACGCCACGCCACGCCACGCCACGCCACGCCACGCCAAGCCACCGGCGACACGACACGACACACAACACUUUUCUGAAUCACGAAAGACUGAAUUUGUCACUAGCAAAAGAAAAUAAAACCAAAAAUGUUGUUUAGGCUGUUUUCCUUUUCGACAAAGACAAGUAUACAUUGCCCUGCGCACCCAAACUAUCACUUUCUUUCUUUGUAUGUAGGAUCCAAUUUGCCAGAACUUCAAAAAGAUGAUAAUCCCAUCAAAGAUGUCGGUCUUAGGGGCGAAGUAAUUACUGGCGAAAGUUCCGAUGCAGAAAACGACUUGAUAAGAUACAGUAACUACAUCUCAGGAGCUGGAUCUACAUUUGGUGGUUUUAUGUCUGGCUUUCCAGGAGAUGCCCAAAGUUUGGUCACAGGUAAUUUUUGCAAUAACAUGGGCCUCUGUAAAAGAAAAGACCUUAUAUUCAUAUGGUCAUUAAUCAACUAGAUAUUAACUGGUUUUCUAUAGAGUCGUUUUCUACGUUUAUCACGUUUGCGAACUGACGUAUACACGUUUGCGAGCUGUCCGCUAGACGUUUGCGAACUGACCGCAGACAUCCUAACAAAUAUAGAUUCCUUUCGAAAGUAACUGCUUUCAGUCCAAAGUCGUUUGAUCGAAGUUGAUCGUCUAUAAUGCUUAGAAGAGGAACGAUGACAAUGAUUGCAGAAAGAUCUGUCGCGAGCACGAAGCUUUGGUAAAUAACAGAUUUUCCUAAACCGUCGGUAAAAUGGAUAAGACGUCUCUUCCAGAAAGCAAAGGCGCAACCUUAAUCUGUUCGUUCUUCAAGUAAGCCUUCCGUAGCGUUCUGCUAAACGCACUUCAACUGCUUACUGCUUCUUCUAAACCUGUAUCCGUCGAUAGCAGUGACAACUGAUGUGUCAGCAUGUUAAAAUUUGUCAAAUGUAGAUGACAACGUGUUCACAAGUGUUUAAUGUUUCUUAGCCAAUCCAGUUCUCCGAUGCUGGGUCUGCGGGGAAAUUUAAGCACGUCGGAGAGUGCAGUCACAGUUCCCGCCUCGGCCCGUUCACUCAGUCCCGCUGAGCCUAGACUCGCCCAAAAAGGACUGCUUGCAGUCUAGAAUCUCUAAAAAUAGGCCGUUAGGUCAUCGUCAAAUUCGCUUCCAAUUUCCCAAAUUUUAGGGCGCGUCCAAUGUGGCGGACGGCACGAUCAAGGUAAGCCAUUUUAGAGGCGCGCGUGCCUUCCGUGAUUGGACUGUUUGUAUGAUUUUUUAAACCAUUUUCAUUAAUAUUUUUAUCAAGGUAAUUAUGGGACAAUUCCUUGUUUAUACGCAAGAAUCUAUUUUCCCUGCAAAUGCCAGAAAUUUCACCACUAAUUUCUGUGUCCAUUAAUCUCGUUAAUAAAACUAUUUGCACCCGGCUAUAGACAAGAAGUGAACCUCUACCCAGCUCUCUAAUUAACUGAAAUAUCUGAUGAGGCGUUUUGUUAUUUUUGUAGAUAUGAUGGACAGCAUGAAUUAUAAGGUCAAUGCUCUGGAAUUUAGACUGAAGAGGGACGCGAAGCUUGAGGCACUUAGAAAGCUGGAUAUGGAGAUAGUAGUUGAAAAUACCAUUGAAACUGACUCAGAUCUUCGAGCAAAGAGAGUAGGAAUGAAAGACGUCCAAGACAUGGUUGUCGACGAAUCAUUUGACAACAUCAAGAAAGUCAGGGGUGCCAGUAAUCAGCAGAAGUUGACCCAGCAGAACUUUAAUACUCAGAAGAAAAUAUCACAGAUGAAAGUAAGAGAAUCAGCGAAGAAAUAUGCAAGAAAAUUUAUGAAAAAAGUCGGCAGUGGCAUUGAGACAUCUACUACAGCAUUCACUUUUGCACAAGGAGGGGUUGAUGUAGCAGGUGGAAGUGACAUGAUCGACAAAGCUGAAGAACUAAGAAAGUCGGGAGCCAUUUCAGAGGAUGAAUAUGAUACGAUGAUGAGAAAUGGUCAGCUUCGAGUAGCUCAAGGAAGCUUUGGUCUCGCAAACGGUGUUAAGAACGUUGGUGAAUUUGUCGGUAAAAGACUCCAAAAAACUAUCGUAGAUAAAGGUUCUAAAGCUGGAUUAAAGCUCCUGAAACAAGCACAACGGUUCGCACCAGUAAUUGGUGGUAUGAUAUCCAUGGGAACAACUGCAACAUCAAUUGCCAAGAAUGCAAUCGCCGCGAAUGAUGCUAUGAUGCAAGGAAAUGCCGGCAAGGCCGCCAUGUAUGGAGUAAUGGCAGCUAUUGAUGUAAUAACUUUGAUUCUGGACGGAGCAAGCUUAGUCACAGACUUUGUAUUCCCACCGCUAUCACCAAUCAUUGACCUUGUCAGUACAGUCUUGCAAGUUGUCAACACAGUGCUUGGGUUCUUUGCUGACUUGAUAGACUUCCGAUCCACUAAACAAAGAGUGACCGACGAAUUCAAUGCUUACAUCAAUUCUGAUGCGUUUAAAAAGUACGUAGAUGACAUGGCACAGACAUACAAGAAACGAGGCUUUGAUGUAUUUACAUACAUUGUAGAUGCAGAAGUGGCAGGUAUCGAAGCUGACACCAAAACCCUGCGAGAAGUCUCCAAGAAUAUCAACAAGUGCCUCACUGAUAAAGCCAAAGAGGAUUUCAAUAAUCCACAACAUCGCAUAGCAUUGCUAGAUGCAACGUCUUUCGGCAAAACUUUAAAAGGAAGACUUAAUAAUGAUGAAAUUAUAGCCGGUUUUGGUCCAGAUGAAAUCUUUGGCGACGAAGGCGAUGACAUGCUGUUUGGACGAGGAGGAGAUGAUACCAUUUAUGGUGGUCCAGGAAAUGAUUACCUCAACGGUGGAACAGGACGAGAUGUUCUUCUAGGUGGAACAGGUGAUGACAUGAUUAACUGUGAGCCUGCUGUUGAUUUGAAAUGUGAAGGAGGUGAGGGGGACGAUACCUUAGAGUUAUCUGGCGAAUCUUUGAUCUACGACGACAAAUACUGGAAAGCCCCGUAUAUAACAAUGGGCAAGCAAUGGGAAAUGAAUCCUUCAAAAGUCUCAGCAGUUAAGGGGAUUUAUCUUGAUAUGAGACAUGCAAAAGGAGACACAAAGCAGGGAUUAUCGGGGAUCAGUUUGGGAUCCCUCUUUCAAGGUUGGCCUGAUGGAUUUGAUGAGUCCAUUCAUAAAGCAGCAAUACCGCAAAAUUCAGAGCUCCACUCUCUGUUUACUCAAUUUUACGCCUUUUUGCCGUUUGUACCUCUUGACAACUGGAGGGAGAAACUAAAAAAUAAACAGAUGUGGUUCUUAGCUGAUAUGGGUAUGGCAAAGUGUUUCUUUGAUGGAAGUUCCAUGUAUUUAGCUUAUGGCAGCGGCAAAGACACCAAGUUGGUGAGUGAUUACCAAAAUGUACUCCAAAAUCUGGACACAACAUUUGCUGUUUAUAAGAACGAUCGUUUACAGUACACAGACGGUGAAAAGAUUAAGGCUCUUUUGACAUUUGCUUUUAAAAGAAGCUUUUUAUCUGACAAGUUUGAAAAAGUAGCUGGCUCACCACCUGCUGAUCUCCUAAGCCCAUCAAAUUACAUCCCUACAACUAUCAUCGGUGAUAACGAACAUAACGUAAUUGACUUGUCUUAUGGUCUUGGUGACGUAGUUUACACUAAUAAAGGAGACAACGUUGUUUCUGUUGGAACGACUAUGCCAGAACAUCAAGUGAAGGUUGACGGAUUUCCUGACGGGGGAUUUAAAUGGGCUAAAUACAUCGUAGGAGGUAGUGGAGAGAAUACACUGAUAGUACAGUUCAUGAAAACUCCAGAGUCGUGUCCGGGGGACUACAACAGUUUUAUCAGAACUGGGCUCUUCUAG